AUGAAAUCUUCGUUAUUGUCUAAUGAAAAAUCGCAAUUAACUCCAUGUUCAUUCUCUUUGUUAAUUGUCGAUAGGUAUGAACCUGUAUGGAAUGAACGAUUUGUAUUCAAUAUACAUCCCGAGGAAGAUACAAUUCAUUUUGAUGUUUAUGACGCUGACGUUGGUGACAAAGAUUUAAUCGGAACUGGUAAAGUGAAACUUACGAAUGUGUUUGAUGAUGGAAAAUUCGACGACUGGGUGAAAUUACCAGCUCAUUUGGGCUUGCCAGUUCAUGAAGAAAUUCAUGUAACAAUGAAUUUUAUACCUGCCUAA